GCGCAGGGCAUGCUCCGCCCUUCCCACAGCGCCCGGCGAGCCCCGCGGGCGGCCGAACAGCAGCAGGAGGCCCAGCUGCGCCGCCGCCAUGGUCGGCCGGGAGAAGGAGCUCAAGAUUCGCUUCGUACCGGGCUGCUGCGAGUUGGUGGAGGAAGAUGUUGAUGUUCCCAGUAGGCGAGUUUUGAUUACUGGUGCUACAGGACUUCUUGGCAGAGCUGUGUUUAAAGAAUUCAAUGAAAAUAAUUGGAAUGCAGUUGGCUGUGGAUACAGGAGAGCUCAGCCCAGAUUUGAACAGAUUAAUCUUCUAGACUCUAUUGCAGUUCAUGAUAUAAUCCAUGAUUUCCAGCCUCAUGUUAUAGUGCAUUGUGCUGCUGAGAGAAGGCCAGAUGUUGUAGAAAGUCAACCAGAUGCUGCUUCUCAGCUCAAUGUGGCUGCUUCAGGGAACUUAGCUAAAGAGGCAGCUGGAGUUGGAGCGUUUCUGAUCUACAUUAGUACAGACUAUGUAUUUGAUGGAACAAGCCCUCCCUAUAAAGAGACUGAUGUACCAAAUCCCCUGAAUUUAUAUGGUAAAACCAAACUCGAGGGUGAAAAGGCAGUCUUGGAAAAUAAUGAAGAUGUUGCAAUACUUCGAAUUCCUAUCUUGUAUGGAGAGGUAGAGAGGCUGGAGGAAAGUGCUGUGACUGUUAUGUUUGAUAAAGUGCAGUUCAGUAAUAAAUCUGCCAACAUGGACCACUGGCAACAAAGGUUUCCUACUAAUGUCAAGGAUGUAGCAGCCGUUUGCAGACAACUAGCAGAGAAGAGAAUGCUGGAUCCAUCAGUAAAGGGAACAUUUCACUGGUCUGGCAGUGAACAGAUGACUAAGUAUGAAAUGGCAUGUGCAAUUGCAGAUGCUUUCAACCUUCCUAGCAGCCACUUGAGACCAAUUACUGAUUGUCCAGUGGUGGGUGCUCUUCGUCCAAGAAAUGCUCAACUGGACUGCUCCAAGUUGGAAAUGCUGGGGAUAGGUCAGAGAACACCAUUUCGUGCUGGGAUCAAAGAAUCACUUUGGCCUUUCCUUGUUGACAAGAGAUGGAGACAGACAGUCUUCCAUUAGUUUGUAACUUUUUUAGUAAAAGUAUGGUGUGUGGCACUUUUUUAAAAGAAAAAAAAUAGUUUUGUAGAGUGUUCUUAAAUCAUGACACUUCUGAGUCUUCAUUUAACCAGGUGAACGUUUGGUCUUGCACUGGUGAAACUUUGUUAGCUUAAAAUGGUUUGGUGACAAACACUGAGCCUCUUUGCUGUCAUGAAUCUUACCUUCUGUUCUUACCAGUCUAGCACCAUCUGUUCCUAGCAGAUUAUGGUUCUUAGUAACCAGUACCAUUUGAUGCUAAAAAUGAUCACCUGUAGACUUUCAUUUUGGCUGAAAUAUGUUGCUGAUGCUUAAUGUCUGUGCCAUUGUUCUAUAUCCGAUUUCUCUUCAUUAAAAGCCAUGGUCAGUUACUUUAGCACCAAAAAUCUAAGGUUUUUUUUUCCUUUAAAAAAAAAAAUUCUGAAAAUGUUGUUGUUAUGAAGUUAAACUGAGGUAGGAGUUGUUAAAUGGUUGUUUUGCUUGAGCUCUGAUCAAAAUGUUUUUUAAAAAAGUGAAACUUUAUUUUUGCAAAUAUCAAGUGUACUUUUUAUGCUUGAAAUAUAUUCAUAAUGUUCUGUAACUUGAAUGCCUGCAGCUUCAUAUUUGUACAGUUAAGUUGUAUGCAUUUGUUUUAACGGUGACAUAAAAGCUAGAAGAGGGUUGGGAGGGUGGGGAACAGAUUUGACCUGAGGCUUUUUCUGGGUGAGGGGAUUUGAGUUGAAGGAUUUGUAAUGUUUUUUCAGUGGAGGUUGUUUGGGUUUUGUAUAAAAGCAUGAAAUAUCUUAAUCUUUCUCUCUCUCUCUUUUUUUUGGGGCAGCAUUUUACUAGAAUUGGUGGGAGGAAGAUGUUUAUUAGUCAUACCUGGGAGAUGGAGAGGAAAGGCAUUUCAAGAAUUUGAAAUACUGGCUUCUUUUGCACAGAUUGUGAGAUCCUGCACAGCUGUAGCUUGUUCUGGAACAGCAAAGCCCCUGUGUUGAAGGUUUGCUCUUUUACUAAGCUAACCAUGAUAUUUUAAUAUAAGCAAAUAAUCUCCUUUAGUCCUUUAAGACAGAUGCAGUAGCCAGGUAAAGUGGAGGAAGAACGUGGCUCUUAGAGGUUUAGCUUUCUUCUAAAGUGGUAGAAGCAACACUAUAAAAGUUCUUGCAGUAUUUGGCAGCAGAUUAUUAGUAAAGCUAGGAAAAACUGCAGCUGGAUGAUCAUUUAUUUUUCUGAGGGAAAGGGAAGAUGUUCAGCUCUUAAUUUGAAAAAAAAAAAGAGCUGGGGGGAAAGCAAAUACAAAAAUAGACCACCAGAACAUCUAAAAAUCAGUGUUAUAUUCAGCCAUUUCCAACUGGCAUAUGCUAAGAGUGCAUAAUCCCAAUUUGUUUUGAAUUCCUGAUAUACACAUGGUAACCUAAUCUCCAAAUAGCCAAUAAAUAUAUAUUGCCAGCAUGAGAAA